GCGUCGGGCUCGUCGGGAGUCUGUGCGUGUCUUCGUAACGUCUUAACGUCAAACUCGACGUGCGCGAAUAUCGUAAGUAGAACGUGGAUGCAGAUGAAUCGGUGGACCCCCCCCCCCCUUUCGCCAAACUUGGCUGAAUGAAAGUGAAUUAUAAUAAUUUUCCACGGGUGUUCGAGGCGCUAAGAUUAGUAUCGGGAAAAUUAAUUCUGUCGCUUGUCAAAAUAUAACUCACUCUCUGACACAUAUAAGAUUCUCCUUCUACUUGACGAGAUUCUUUUUUAAACGUAGUUUUGAUGAAAUGGCAGGAUGUUCGAUCUUAGGAAAAAAUUGACGAGGUGCCAACUACUCAAUUAAACUCCCCAAGAUAACCAUAAAAUCUAUAUCAUCAGAUUAUACGGAUUAGCUACUUACAAAAGCUGGAAGCCUCUUUUCUGAUAAGCGGAUUUCUGAUAGCUUUGUCAACAUUUCUUACACCCCCUUCAACGUUCUAAAUCGAUUAACUUUUAUCUGAGAGUACAUAAUUUCAAGAGCUGGAAACUGUCUCGAUUACUUUCCACAGAGAAAAAUUAGCCCGAGUGAAACUGCACGUUUAGGGUUCCUCAAUCUGGAAAAAUCUCAAGAGUCUGUGACGAUCUCAUAAGAGUUGUGCAACUAUAUAUGGUUUGCGCAUAAAGCUUUCGUGAGUUUUCGGUGCGGCGGUGAAAAUGUGGUUUUGUUUCGAGUGAAACGUCCGGACAGUUUGAUAUGAUAACCUGAUUUUCCUCGUCAAAAGUCUCCCUUGCAGCGACUGCGUUAUACGAGAAUGUCGAAAGUGAUCGAGCUGCCUCGAAGCCAAGGGGACGGGCAGCGUCAGGGAAAGCCUCGGAACUCGAUGGACAUGUACCGGCCGACGGCCAAAGAGGUCCUCCAUGGCCUCCUCAAAUUCCAAUCGCACCAAAACCAUUGCAACCACUCAAACCAUUCCGGCUGUAACAAUGUUAACCAAAACACCCCGCUGAUGAGGGAGGACAGCCUUGAGUCGCAGAGCUCUCAGCCGGGCUCUCCUGUGCUGUCCCAGAGAGCCCUCUCCGGCCAAAUCACCACUGCCAACAAUUUGCCCAGCCCUGACGAGAAGGAGGAGGAGGAGGAGGAAGAACUACCUGUCGUUUAUUCAUCUGGAUGCCUGCUACCUCCAACUGCAAAUCCAUAUGACAAAUCACAGAAAAUAAAAGAGGCCAAUGAGCAACUUGAAAAGUCGAUGAGGAAGGAAAAGAAGAGGAAGAAGAAGAAACAAAGCAGAGAGGUUCAUUUCAACAGUGUGAUCAAAAUGGAGGAUGACGAAGUUGCUGAUUCUACUCCGCCACUAACUCAAGAUGAGUCAAUGGCCAACUGCAAUUCGAAGACCAGCGAAGAGCAGACCCCAAAAAUUGACCCCACAAAAAAUGACCAGAGAAUCGAUCUAGAUUGCACGCCAUCAAGAGUCUCCAGUGCCAUGCCUACAGGCGACCCACCAGCACCCAAAAAAUUAGAACUUCACCGAUCAGUCAGUUCGGAACCAAACUUUAAAACCAUUUCGAGUGAGACCGGGUCCACGAAGAAAGGCACCCCUAAAACUGGUUCGGAGGACGAGGAUUCUGAUGUGUGCACCGGAAGAACCGGUCAGGGUUCUCCCAAGAAAGUCAAAGCCAAAACUAACCGAGAAAAAGUCAUGGAGUACCUUACAUAUCCUUUUUUCAGAUCCACCCCAAAACCACGCUUCGAGCAGGGGCGAUGUCGGCCUGAACCGGUCGGGCGAAGUCUGAGCGAGCCAGGACCGGUAGAUCACAUGAUCUCAUCCCAGUCAGUCCUCAGUUCGUGACCCCCGGAGGAUCCGGAACCUCCCGAACUCGAGCAUUCCGUUAACUCCGGAGACACCAAGCCGGAGGAAACACUCCUCGCCGAACAAGAACCAGAGCUAAACAGAGUCAAGUUAAGGGAUAAAAUCUGCCGAACCCUCCAGAUCCUCAUCCCACAUUCCGCGGCCAAAGAGGGAUUUUCGAUCCGGAGAAAGAACUCCGAAAAAAUCGGGCAGACGUGGAUAACUCCGGAAUCGCUGACUUGUUCCGGAGUGCCGCAAAACGACCCGGGCCUCUUCGUGGGCUACAAUAUACUGAACAAGUACAAUUUUAAUUAUUUCAGGGACAAUUUGAAAAAACUCUCAGUUCGCAACCCUGCGUUCAACAACUACCUCGAAACGAUCAGUGAGCAUGAUGAGUCGAAACAAACAGAGGUAGAGACGGAGACGACGCCACCUGAAACGAAAGAAUCCUCCAAUAAAGUAAUCCAAAAUUCCGGAAUUUCAGUUUCAAAUCUUCCGGAGAACAAUUUUCCUAA